GUUUAAUAGGUGUGAUGAUGGAUGCCGCAUCCAACCCUAGCGGCAGAUCAGAAUCUGGUUUGUACCUUUACAUCCUUUCAGUCCCGUAAAAAUCCAUUCGCUGCUGCGGCUGGUUCUUCCGCUCCUGCGCGGGCGCUCGUCACCCGUUAGAAACUGCGGAAGGUUUUUAAAAUUUCUCACCAAUGGCGUCGACAUCCGCAUCUGAAACCACGGCGCCGCCGCAGCAGCUGCAGCAGCAGCAGCAGCAGCAGCAGCAGCCGGCGGCGCCGCACUCGCAGUCUAAAGUGAAGCUGUCGCUGGACGAGAUCUCCAAACUCUUCUCGCUCCCCAUCGCCGAGGCCGCUUCCAUCCUAGGUGUCUGUACCAGUGUAUUGAAGAGGAUAUGCCGUGACAACGGCAUUGCAAGGUGGCCAUAUCGUAAGUCAUUGUGUACUUCUUCCAUCCGGCUCUUAUGCCGACAUUGAUCCCUACAUAGUUCA